AUGAAGUUUUUCGUGGUACCGCUUUUGCUAUGGCAAGCGAUUGCCCAAGCAUGGGCGUACUAUGUAACUGAGCCGGAACUGGAGCCGCUCAGCAUCGCGGUGACCUACCGUCACCCGACCAUUCAACCUGCGCCAGGCUAUUUCUUCAUUGGCUCUUGGUCCAAGGGUAUCCAAGGUGCCUAUAUUGUGGACAAUGAUGGCAUUCCUGUCUAUAUCAACAACUCAGUCAUUCCCGUGAUCAACUUUGGAAAGCAGAUGCUGAACGGCCAGCCAGUUCUGACGUACUGGACGGGCACGGAAAAUGCCGGUGGUUUCGGUAUGGAAGACGGCAAAGUGAACAUUCUCAAUGCUGACUACACUUUCAACCGAUCUGUAGUGGCGAAGAACAGCCCUGAUCUGCAUGAAUCGCGCAUCACAAACCAGAACACUAUGCUUUCGACUUUCUACCGCAACGAGAGCAAUGUGGACAUUUCGGCGGCGCCUGGCAACUACUCGACGGGCUAUAUUGCCGAGAGCUGCUUCCAGGAGCUUGACUUGAACAACAAUAACACUGUGCUGUUUGAGUAUUGUGCUCGGGAAGGUGUUACGUUUGACAAGGCGUACGAUCCGCCGCCCAAAGAGCCGACGGAGCAAACGCCUUGGGACUGGUUCCACAUUAACUCGGUGGACAAGGAUGCUCUGGGCAAUUAUAUCUUCAGUGGACGUUAUACAAGCUCGAUUUACUACCUGGAUGCCAAGUCGCGUAACAUUUCGUGGAUCUUGGGUGGUAAAAUGAACCAGUUCAACGGCAGUGGUAGCGAUUUCUUCGGUCAGCACCAUGUGCACCUGAUCGACGAGCAGGAUUUGUCGGCAGAGGAAGUGCAACAGAAGAACACCAACGGAACGCGCCACUUGGCGCUAUGGGACAAUGCUGUGCUUAAUGGGAAGUCGUCGCGAAGUGACAGCCGUGGUAUGGAAUUCGAGAUUGACUUUGCGAAGAAUACUACGACGUUGAUUCGCAACUUUGAGAAGCCAGGCAAUGUGACGAACCUCAAGGCGCGUAGCCAGGGCAGUGCUCAAGUCUUGGGUGGCAACUCGACUAUGGGCCAUGUUGUGACGGACUAUGGCUCGACGCCGGCCUAUGCGGAGUACGACGCAAAUGGUGAGAGUGUGCUUCUGGCGUACUUUGCCAACCCCAAUUCGAGCUAUGCAUACCGUGUGUACAAGGAUGAGUGGGUUGGUCAGCCGAAGACUGCGCCUUCAGUGGCUAAGAUCGGCGACAAGGUGUAUGUCAGCUGGAACGGUGCUACCGAGGUGACGAACUGGCGCGUGACACAGAGCUCGGAUUCCAAGGAUGUAAACGCCAAUGCGAAUAGCACGGAUGUGCGCAAGACAGGCUUUGAGACUGCCAUUCCCAUUAACCUGAAUGCCACGCUGACGCAGAUUUCCGCGCUCGGUAAGGAUGGUAAUGUGCUAUCGAAGAGUGUCGUUCUUGACAAGGAUGGCAAGUCACAAGGCGGCGAAAUGAAGGGAUACUCGUCGUAA